AUGAUAAACCAUUUUGAACAACUUAAACGUGGUGAGAAAUACACGGGUCUGAAGGAGAUGGAAGCGCAUGCAAGAAAGAAGAAGAGGCAGCUACAGGAGAAAAAGAGAGAGCGACUCGACAAGUCUGACGCAAUUGACGUGUUGUUCAAGGCAUUUGAAAAGCACGGGGCAUGGACAGUCAAAGACCUGGCUGACUUCACUGGACAGCCUGUUGCGUACAUCCAGGAGAUUAUUGGUGAAAUAGCCGUAUUGGACAAGAAGGACUACAAAAACACGUACAUUUUGAAGAAGCAGUUUAAGUAG